UUACCGGCACAGAACAGGCGGAGACAGCAGAGGAGCAGGACGCCUCGCUAACUGGGAAUCAGCUACGUCCCAACAGUCAGGACUGGACUCGUGUUUUUGUACUGGUCGCUCAAUGAAGGACAGACGGUCGUGUCAGAAGUCCUCUCUGAAAUCCGCCAUGGACCCCAGUCAGAGUGUAAAGUGUAAAAUCGUGGUGGUGGGGGACAGCCAGUGCGGGAAGACCGCGCUGCUUCACGUGUUCGCCAAGGACUGCUUCCCCGAGAGCUAUGUCCCCACGGUGUUUGAAAACUACACGGCCAGUUUUGAGAUCGACACGCAGAGGAUCGAGCUGAGCUUGUGGGACACCUCAGGAUCUCCGUACUACGACAACGUGAGGCCCCUGUCCUACCCAGACUCGGACGCUGUCCUCAUCUGUUUUGACAUCAGCCGUCCCGAAACCCUCGACAGUGUAUUAAAGAAGUGGAAAGGAGAGAUCCAGGAGUUUUGUCCCAACACCAAGAUGCUGUUAGUCGGAUGCAAGUCGGACCUGCGCACUGAUCUUGGCACACUCGUAGAGCUGUCUAACCAUCGACAAGCGCCAGUUUCCUAUGACCAGGGCUCCAAUAUGGCCAAACAGAUCUCGGCGCCUUACAUCGAGUGCUCGGCUCAGCAGUCGGAAAACAGCGUCAGAGACAUUUUCCACGUGGCCACGCUGGCCUGCAUCAACAAGAACAGCAAAAAUGUCAAACGUAGCAAGACGACGCGCGCUAACAAGAGGAUUUCGCACAUGCCCAGUCGGCCUGACCUGGCAGCCGUCUCCACGGAUCUCCGGAAGGACAAAGCCAAAAGUUGCUCUGUGAUGUGACUUGUUAGACUGAGAGGGGGGGUUACUGGACUAAAGAGAACGAGUUUGGCGCGUAAUGCAAGCAGGGAGCUGCAAAGCCCUGACCUGCAUGCUUAAAAAAAACACCAACCCUUUGUUGUCUGGAAAAGGGGUUUUCAUAAGCUUCAAUUCAUGUGUGUUACUGGAAUAUUCAGCACCAACGAGAACUCGUUGAGUAAUUGCGUCCUAGUAGAUGUGCAACCCCCCCCCCUCUAUCACCAGUCCCACCAGAGGAGGAAGCUAUCAGUCAGCUGGCUAUCAGUGCUGGGAGGAGACCUGCUUCCUCUGAGGACAAGGCGGAUGCAGCCAAGGCUUUCCUCUCCAACAGGAAAUGAGCAGAAGGAGUGAUGUCAUUAAGAGAUGAUCACACGUAGAGGGUUUUUAAACAUCUUUUGAAUCGGAGGGGAAGCCGGCUAUGGCAGAGGGGCGGUGGGAUAUGAAGGUUAAAAAAAAAGGCUUGAAGAGGGCUUUCACAGCAAACUCAUCACUGUGGUUUGGAUUUACUGCUAUCUCUGCUCCUGUGACUGUUGGUGUGUGCAGAGGAGUCCCUUUGUUUCUGAUAAUGUUGUUGGUAAAAUGUGAAGUUUUUUGGUGUGCAACUGCGUCUUUUGUUUUACUCCGAUUCUGUUGGUUUUCAUCCUCCCUCUACCGCUAGUUUCAUACUGUUGCCUCAACAAACGGCUUCAGAUCUUAAACCUUUGAUUUAAGCGUAUAAAUCAUAGGUUGAUCACAAUGUAGCAAGAGAAAAAAAGUAUUAUGUAAAGUUUUCUUUAAUUAAAUUUUCCCACCUCAUCUUUAUUUUUUAGCAUGAGUGCAGAGGUUGUUUGGGUUCAAAACUUAAAUCUUUGUAUUUCCUUGAAGAAAGUUGAUGCUGAUGGUUUCAAAAUCUGAAUACCUAAAUGGAAUCUAAAACUAGAUUCCAAAUAAAAGUCAAGUAGGUUUUAUUCCAAAUUUAGAGACGGUAAUGUUGCGCUAAAGGCCAAAAUGGCGGUAGAGGUUACAGUAAACGUUUUAACCUUUGCAAAUUUACUCCAAAGAGAGAGAAACUGGAGACUGUUUACAAACUGUAAAAUCAUUUAAGUCCAUUAGCCAUUAAGUUAAUAUACUUUAAACUACUCGCUAGCUUGUCAAUGUCAGCAAUUCGUGUUUGUAUGCAAGAGGGAGCCUUAAAUAACGCAAAGUAAUGGCUACUGUCUGCAGCCAACAGCUGAGUCUGUCCAGAGGGCUAGCAGUUUGCUAGCAUUUCAUCAGUUAGCCUUCACCUUUUUCUUUUAGGUAUUAACUUAACAAUAGCAACAAUGAUUCAAAUU